AUGGUGGUGCUUAGAGAAUCUGGAGGUUGUCAACCCAUAUCUAAAGAUACUGAUGAGGUUCUCACAUUUAAGUUUUUCCAUGGAGGUAAACUAGUUAAAAAUAGAAAGGACAAUGAAUGGUCUUAUUUGGGUGGUGAAGUCAGUUGGUUUGAUUAUUGUGAGGUUGACUAUAUGUCCAUGUUAGAGCUAUUUGGAAUGGCUAAAGAUUUGGGAUAUGACGAUGGGAAUGAUGUGAGUUUUUAUGAUGAAGAGUUUGGAACUGGUAGACUCAUUCAAAUAAUAUCAAAUAGUUCACUUUUAUCUUGUAUAAGCACGGUACCUAAAAGCAAUAGCAGGGUGAUAGUUUUGUACUUGAAAGUAGCGAGCUUGACUUCAAGCCAAGUGGGGAAUGAUAGCAGUGAUCAAGAAUAUUCUUGUUCUGAGGAUGAUGAUAGCAGUGAUCCAGACUUUGAAGACAGUGACUAUGCACAGAGUGAUGAAGAGAUUGACUUAUUGAAGAAAGAUGAUAAGUGGUUUGAAGGUUAUGUGGAUCAUAGUUGCAUUGACAAUGAUCCUAAUGCAGAGGAAAAUGAUGAGUCAGACAAUGGAGAAGAGUCACCUACACUUACCUGCCCAAAUAGUUCUUCAAGUGAGGAUGAUGCAAUAGUUCACCAAGACUAUGGUUACAGACCAUCUAGAGCAACUGUGUACAAAACAAGAGCCAUAUUUGAAUGGAAUACCAUGUUGCAUGCUUGUGCUGCAAUAAGUUGGUUUCAUGGGAAUCCAAAGGACUUUUGUGAUACAGUGUACAAGAAAGAGACUUAUUUGAGAGGUUAUGAACCAAUGAUUAUGCCUAUAACUAGCCAAGAUCAGUGGAUGAAGAUUAAUUUACCUCCAUUACUCCCUUCGAAAUACCACAAGCAGCCUGGUAGGCCUAAGAAGACAAGAAAACAAGCUGUUGAUGAACCUAAACAACCUGCUAAUCCAUAUAAGCUUCCUAGGUAUGGCAUCCCUUUAAAGUGUGGCAAUUGCUGUGGGAAAAGGCAUAAUCGAAUUAGUUCUAAGGAACCUAGAAAUCCCAACAUAAAGCCUACUAGGCAGAGGAAAGUUGCCAAGGACAAACUUGCAGUAUCUGAAGUAGCUGAUGCUUCUCAAUCCCAACCAUCUCAAGCAACUGAUGCUUCUCAAUCCCAACCAUCUCAAGCAACUGAUGCUUCUCAAUCCCAACCAUCUCAAGCAUCUGAUGCUUCUCAAUCCCAACCAUCUCAAGCAUCUGAACCUGCCAAACUAUUUCGAGUACAAUAA